AUGGUAGGAUUUAUAGAGAAGAUUUCUAAUUGGCUUAAAACAGGAGACACAUCGAAACCAGUUAAUAAAACUUGUCAUGAUCCUGCUAAAGACCUUGUAGAGUGCAUAUCGCAGACUGAUUGCUUUGAAAAAGGAGGAACUUUGAAAUAUUGUGCAAGAAAUGAUGAUAAUGUGGCUCAUCUCUGCAAAAAGGAAUUAAAUGAAUGGUUUCUCUGUAGAAAAUUCUCUGUUGACCAUUCAAAACAUUUUGUGAAAGAUACAUAUAGGUAG